UUGUCCAUUGAUAAGUAAAUCCAACCUCGUCACACAGUUUUGACCAUAUUCAGCAACAACAACCACCUGACUCAACUUUGGAAGUUUUCUGAUUCUUCCGCCCAAUCCUGUCAAUCCUGAUACUAUCCUUCUUUUUCAUAUUUUAUUACGAAAUUGAAUAUUUAAUUUAUCGCAUGAUUAUACCUGUUCGGUACUCGAUACCACCUUUGAGUCGCCUCCUUUAUUCCCAUAUUAAGGAGUUACUCGACACAAUUCAGGAUUUAAUAGGUCUAGUCGGAUAAUUCAGGUCGACUUAGCAAUAUGCCACCCAAUUCAUUUUGUGAGUGGGUGGCCGGCCAAAACGCACCUCAUAGGUCGACGUCUAAGAAACCUCGUCCAGUUUUUGCACUCCAACUCGAGACUGACGAUGAAUAUGAAUCCGACAUUUUAAGACUUACAUAUCCUAGGACGGGACGAACCAGACGACCACACGGAAAGAAAGUUCGAUUCACAGACAAUGCCCAUAAGGUUGAAGCCAAUGAACCACCUACCCAGUGUUCACUUGACGUGGACACAGAUGCUAGCAGUACGGCGGUUGAACUUAAUAGCGGCGAUGAUGAAGCGACUACAGACGAAGAUCUAGUCUUAGACUGUCCCUGUACGAACUGCGUUGCAGCGCGGAGGAGAUUGAAGAAUACGACUCAGACUAAAGGAAAGAGCAAGAAGCAGCAAAAUGUCUCGACCGCGGAUGCAAGCAACCAUGCCGCUGCUGUACACGCUAGACACAAAGCGAAGAAAGCUAAGGAAGCAGAAGCACUGAAGUCCAAAGGAGGAAGUAGCAAACGAAGAGCUAAGCAAAAGUCCAAGCAUGCCAAUAAGAAGUCGGAUAGCGAAGUGGAUACGACUGACACUGACACUGACACCGAGGUUGGGACUGGCGAAGAGACUGGAAGUGAAAACGAAUCCGAAAGCGAGUCUGAGUCCGAGAAAGACCCUCCCAAGAAAAGGGGGAAUAAUAGGAAGGGUAGGCAGAGGAAACAGAAUAGUCAAAGUAAGAAAACGAAUCAGGGCAAGCAGAACAAGAAAAAGAAUAAGAAUAAGCAAGACAGCCCAAAGACCAAGGAAGGAAAAUCGGACAGCGAGGACAGGAAUGAAAAACAAGACAAGCAAAAGGACAGUCGUAAGCAGGAUACCAAGGAGAAUGAAGGAGCAUAUAAGCAAGACGGUCUAGAUGAGGAUAAGAUUCUUCAAGAGGCCGACGCAAUCAAAAAGAAGCGAGCGGAAGCGAAUCAAUAUCUGCCCCAGAGUCUUCCAUAUGCACCCCAGCAAGCAAACUUCCUUAUGCCACCUCAUCCUCGUAUGCUGCAGGUUGAGCACGCCGUCGAACUACCUAAUGAUCCUCGGCCCAACGCUUUCUUUGACGGAGUACACGGAAUCAUGCGUGUAUAUCAUGGGCCGCAUUACGGCAACGCAUAUGGACAACUCUACCCCAAUGCGCCGUAUGUAAACCAGAAUCCAACCGUUAACGUGUCAUUACCAGUACAUAAUCCGUGGCAAGCUGCUGGGUUCCAGCCCUUCCCCGGAGGACAGCCUCCACCCCAACCGCCGCAGCCACCAGCUUAUCCUCCUCCCCCGCAAGAGCCCCCUCAACAUCCUCCUGCUGCAACUCGGAGAGCGCCUGCAGAUAAUUCCUGGUUCCAAGGAUACGGUAGCGUGACGAUUGGUAAGCCUCCUGAAGAGGCCCAGGAAGCCAAGGGCUCCAAUUUUACAACGGACCCCAGCCGAAAGAACAACGAAGCUUGGUCCGAACAACACAGCACACCUACCAGGAAGCCCACAAAGCAGACUGAAGCAAAUCCAAGGAGUGAUCGUGGUGGAAAAUCGAACGUCAUCCCGAGUAUCGAGGUUACUGAUCCCGAGAAACCCCAAGGGAGCGAAGGAGCCAGGAACAAGUCAUGGGGCACUCAGAGUGCUCAUGGCUCGCAAAAGGCUUCGGAAUCCAAAGAGGAGGGGAAUCAUGAUAGUAAGGGUACUGACAAGGCUGAGCAGUCCGGAGGAGGCGGACCCCUUGAUGAUGUGAUUGCAAGGGCAGAAGAAUUAUACAAGACUAACUCGGAACGCUUCAGUCCUGCACCCCAAAAUGACAGUAACCAAACCGGUAACGGAGUCUUCGGUGAUAGCAAUGGUGGGGGUUGGGGAGGUGACACCAGCUGGGGUGACGGCAAUAAUGAUGCUACCGCCGGUGAUAAUUCAUGGGGUGAAAAGGAUACGCAAGAAGCCACUACAGGGGGCACAGAUCCACCCAAACCGGCCGAAGACAAUAGCAAUGUUAACUCUUCCGAAGCGGCUGGAGGGAAUGCCAGUAUUGAUAAUGUGGCGGCGCAUGGUGAUCCGAGCGACAAAAAGGAUGGCGACAACAGCAGUAAUAAUGGUAGGAACAAUGGCGGCAAGAGAUCCAAAGCUAGCCCUAAGCGCAGCACUCCACCUAAGGGACCGCCCGGGUGCUGGGUCAGUAAUCCACCAUCAGAGAACGAGGACUCGAAACCUCCCGCCAGUCUGGAUAACGUCGGACCUCCUGCUGGUGGGAACGGUAAUGGCAAGAAAGGGAAGGGGAAAGGGAAGCAGAAGGAAAAUGGUAAACCUGAGAACAACCAGGCUUCCGAGAGUGGUGGUAAUGGUAACGGUAACGGCGGCUGGAACACCAACACGGUCUGGGCAGAUCCGGAUGUGGCUCAGAGUUCCGGCGGCGCCUUUGACGACGACGACAAGAACAAGGAUGGAAAGGACCAACAGGGCGUCGAAUGGUAGAGCUUAUACGAUUACGCCCGCUCUUCUUUCAAAUUGUGGAAAUAGUCGUUCCAUGGUCGUCCUUCAUCCCUUUUUGCACUGAAUCGGCUUCCUAAGCGAAAUUCCGGGGAAGCUCAUGGUCUGAUGCUAUUCUCGGCUGGGGAUAGAGCUGUUAUAAAUUCGUCUGUGUUACAUAUUUCUCCUUGCUGUUACUGCGUACUCG